GAAACUAGUGUACACAAACCACCCCGCCACGGUCACAAGUUCAGGGAGUCGACGGUGGUUUUCUACUUGCGAUGCACUUUGUGUUUCGUACCGCCAGGCGUUGUUUUUAGCAGGGCGGUUACAACAGAAACACGGCGACGUGGAAGCGUGGAGAAUGUCAUGGACGCGCGGCUCGCUUGUGAUCAACGGGGCUUUUUCAAUAGUUUUUAAACGGCUUUUCAGUACAGAUAAAGGUGUAUUUUAAAUAGUAGACAGGAUAAGAACAACUGACAUUCUUAAUAUCGUGCAUAAAUUCAGAUCUAUAGCCAUGGAUGAGGCAAUAGCGAUUAUUUUAAUAUCCGUUGCGAUGUUUUUGGGAUGUUUUCUAUUAGGUUUAAUUCCACUUUUGAUCAAACUUUCUGAGAAAAGGCUGCAGUUUGUCAGUAUAUUCGGGGCAGGCCUGCUCUGUGGUACUGCUCUAGCUAUCGUCCUCCCAGAGGGGGUGGAACUACUGGAAGAGUCAUGGAGAGUCUCCUCCUGCUCUGUGGCCCCAGCAGCAGCCAAUCAGAAUGCCAGUGACGGUGGGGUCGGAGGUCAGCUCCAGGAGAUGGGCCCCUCCUCUAAAGGUCUUCCAGCACGGUUCUUCAUCGGGGUCUCCCUGGUCGUAGGGUUCAUCCUCAUGUUCCUGGUGGAUCAGAUCAGUAGCUACUGCUCCAUACACGAUCCACGGACUGGGAUGUCCAACAGGACCAGUAUCACAGCUACACUGGGACUGGUCAUCCAUGCUGCUGCUGACGGUGUAGCGUUAGGUACAGCCGUGGCUUCCUCCCAGGUCACAGUUCAAGUCGUGGUGUUCCUGGCUGUGAUUUUGCACAAGGCUCCUGCGGCGUUUGGCCUGGUCACCUUUCUGAUGCACGCAGGUUUAGAGAAGAAGCAGAUUCAGAAGCAUCUACUGGUGUUCUCUGCUGCAGCACCUGUUCUCUCCAUCAGUACAUACUUUAUCCUGAACGCGAGCGGCGGUUCGCCCCAGCGCCGUCUGAGCGCUACAGGUGUCGGGAUGCUCUUCUCCGCCGGGACGUUCCUCUACGUAGCUACGGUCCAUGUACUACCAGAGAUCAGCUCCAGGGGGCAGCAGAGCUCUCCCCACCUCCACGGGACUGGGACCGGGCAGCAGGGGGUCCUGGGGGUCCUGGAGAGCCUCACGUUGAUACUAGGAGCAGGACUACCUGUGUUACUGGCCCUGGGACUACGUGAUGAUUAGUCUUGUGAAUCGACGCUAUCAUACCAAGUCUUGUUCAUAACUCAGCUAUUGAUAAUGAACAUUGAGAAUGAAUGUGAAGGAAGCCUGGAAAUCAAGUCUAUAACUAAGACCGACUAGUUAUAUAACACAAAGAAGACACCCACAACAUGUUACCAAACAUUCAUUUACACUGGAAUACACCUCAACUCUUACAUAGCUAGAGGUCAUUGGGGGUGUUUCUGUGUGUGAUGCAGUGUGUGUGUCAGUGUCUUUCUCUGAGAGGUCAUAAGGACAUGGGCUUUGAGCAAGCCAACAAAGGUAGGAAUAGUGUGUGUGUGUGUGUGUGUGUGUGUGUGUGUGUGUGUGUGUGUGUGUGUGUGUGUGUGUGUGUGUGUGUGUGUGUGUGUGUGUGUGUGUGUGUGUGUGUGUGUGUGUGUGUGUGUCAUGCAAAAAUGUGGGAUCAGAGAGAGAGAGAGAGAAAGAGCAGCGUGUGCUUCCGACUUCUAUGUAUAGAGCUUUUGUAAUUGUUGGUCUUGUCUGAUCUCAGUGGGACAUUCUUUUGAGCUAAACUAUUGAAGUUGUCUGAAAGAACAAGAACAUUGCACCCGGUUUCAAAAUAACCCGGUUUCGUGAUAUUUGUCCUUUGUCCCUUCUACUGAACAAACAAAAAACGUUUGUUUAUUUAUUUAGGUUAGCCAAAAUCCCAAACCAGAUUUUAAUCAAAUGGAUAACAUUUUGUCUUUUGUAAUUUUAUAAGAAAGGUUUUGGCUGGGGUUGCGUAAGGAACUGAAAUAUUCAGGGCAGGUUGUGAAAAGCUAUAUUUAGUAAUCUAAAAAAAACAGUUGGUUACUUUAUAAGCAUUUUUACAUCAUAACACUGACGUGGCCUAAAUGAACCACAAUAUAGUGAUGAUUCAUUUAUAUUUAUUUAUUUUUUGAUUUUAUGUUGGAUGUGAUCAAGAUAUGUCUUUUUUUUUUAGACAAGGAAAUAUAUUUUUAAAUACAUUUCUACAUUGUGUACUAUAGGCAGGACGAUGUUGCCUGGUUACCAGUCUGUUUAGAUAUCGUAACAGUCCUUGGCAAUCUGUGUCAAAUGCUAAACAUCUUCACAACACAGCGUGGAAUAUUAUCCAGUCUGGUACCCAGGCUAAGGACAAUAGGAUGUAUUUUUUAUGAAUACUUUAUCAUAACAAUUAUAGGUUACAUUUUUUUUUUUAAGUACAUGUCGUGUAUUCUAUGUAUGGAUAUGGUUCUCAAUCAGAGGCAGGUGUUAGUCAUUGUCUCUGAUUGGGAACCAUAUUCUGGUAGCUUGUUUUGUGUUGGGGUUUUGUGGGUGGUUGUCUUCUGUCUUUGUGUUUUCUCUGCACCAGCUAGGACUGUUUCGGUUUUGCCACGUUUGUUAUUUUGUAGUUUGUAUAGUGUUCACGUUUUAUCGUCUUUUUAUUAAACAUGUUGAACACGAA